ACGCUAGGUGGCAGCACUGUUUGUUUGCUUGGUGGGUGACUUUUACAUUUGUUUAGUGAUUUUUUUUUGUUCCUGCCCACUAUAAAUGUACCACUUUAUUUAAUGUAAUAUAACCACUGCGUUUUUAAUGUCCAUCGUUUAAUAUUUGUUCCUGCCAACAUUGGAAUUUUGUAUCUAAACUGUGUUUGGUUCGUAUCAAGGACCCACGCACAGCUCGCUGAAACCGACAACACAAACGAAUCUGGUAAAUUGUUGAUUGAUAGAUGAAGGAUACAGAGAAAAUGGAUGAACCAUUUACUACUCGUAUGAAGAAAGCGACGCGCAGUAUUCAUUCCAUUAGCGAUGCAUUGGUUCAAGCCAAGUUUGCCAUUGCUUUACAAGAUAAACAGGUAUGGGGUGAAGGACUGUAUUCAUUUUACCACAUCUUUUCUUUUCUUGAGGAUGCUAGAGACAGGCUUAACAUGCCUGAUUACAAUAGCUUGUAUGUUGCUGAGGAACUACUUAGAGCGUCAGAAAUUCGUGAAGACCUCUUCGAAUACCUGGGUGCAAAUUGGGUGCUGAUACCCAAAACGCCUGCUGUAGAAAAUUACCUCCUACACCUUGAAAACUUGGAGAAGGAUAACCCUAGAUUGCUGAUGGUCUAUGUGUACCACUUGUAUUUGGGCUUGCUCAGCGGAGGACAGAUUUUAGCUAAAAAGAGGAUGAUGUUUGACGAUGGAAGUUUAUCAACAGGUGUAGAAAAAUACAUAGAUAGAGUGGCAUAUUUCAAACACAACGACAUUGGUAAAUUAAAGAAAGAUUUAAAAGCAGCAAUGGAGCGGAUUGCUGAGAAAAUGACCCCAAGAGAGCAGGAUGAAUUCAUAAAUGAAAGUAUUCAUCUUUUUUUGAUGAAUAACUUGGUUAUCAACUCUGUGCCGGGGCAGGAUAUGGUUCUCAAGAAAUUUAUAUGCAAAGUUUCGGCUGUAGUCAUUGCUGUGGCAGGAGUAGCAUUUGCGUACACAAUGCAUAAGUAGAUAUGUGAAUUAAUUUUCAAAUUACAAUUUUAUGUAUGAUAAUUAUAGCGGCUGUACAUUCUCGCGCGAGUGCCCUCGCUAUUUCUCGCGCAAAUCUCGCACGACACUUUGCAAAUCACGGUAGCUGUAGCAAUAUUAUAAGUUAAGGCAUAUUUAUUACACACAAAAAAUAUUUAAAAAAUGGGCAUAAACGGAGGUGGAUUAUUACACGAAUAGUUAAAAGAAAAGUCGAUAAGGCAAUUUUAUAUAGGUAGAUUAAAGUAUCUACAUCCUUAUCCCUAUAAAUAACUAUGUCUGUUACGUUUUCACGCCUAUGCCACUGAACUGGUUUAAAUGAAAUUUGGUACAGCGACAGAGGUGACCCUGAGUAAAAACAAAGGCUGCUUUUUAUUUAAUUACAGAGCUUCGAUGGCAAUACAAUAGAAUUAGUAGCAGAACACGGCGCGAAUAUACAGGGAUGCACUCGUCGCCACUCGGGAGGGCUCUCGCCGAGAGUGUACAGACGCACUUAGAUAAUGCAUGCUGUGAGUUGUGUUGUAAUAGAUAAAAUCAAUGAAUUGAACAAAAUUAUUUUUCUACGAAAUUCAAAUGUUCUUUCAUUCUUUAUGUGAUUAUUAUUGUGGAAUUCAAUUAGGGCUUCCAAUACCGGGAUCCCGGAAUUGCUCAAUACCGUUAUUAGGCGUUUUUUGACCUGUUUUCAAUACCGGUUUCAAUACAGCAUUAAAAAAAAUAUAUGUUUAAUUUUAUUUCGUACUAGCGAACCACACUCGCUGAGCUCAAAUACUAUUCUACCUAAUGGUAAAAACCGCGUCAAAAAUAUAGCAACGCAUUUUUUUUACAAAGAUGUCAUAGAGAAGUUGCUUUUUAGGUGACUUUCUGUGAUCCGUCGCUUUAAAGCUUAGGAAACUUAAAGCUAGUAACUAUAGCUCUAAUUAAUUUGAAUUUAGUUAUAUGAUCCACGAAGUUGACUUAAGAUUAUUACAAAACGAUCAUCAAAGCCUUAACAUCAUUAAAGCUACAAACUGAGUCUGCACUUGACUUUGAAUUGUUGAACUUUGAUUUGUUAACGGUGGCAACGGAAGCAGCGAAGAUAUCCCUUUGUCUACCUUGAUCUGAUAUCUUGACAACCGAAAUACAAGUGGAAACUAGGAAUUGCACUGGAGGUGGCUGAAUACCGAAUUCAUAAUACCUAGUUAGAAUAUAUACUGAUUUUAUUAACUGUAAAACGUUGUUUAAUUUGGAAAAAGAAUAAAUGUUCCAAGGCGUUUUACGUAAUCUAUGUAGUUGAAGUUUGUUACAUGAAGUGAACAGUUCACUUAAUGACUUUGGUAACUUUUAUCCCUCCAAAAACAUAAGUUUUACAGAAUAACUAGUCUUUAUCUCAAUAGCGGAAUUGUAGUAUUAAUACGGAUAUUCAAUUUUUGUUCUGGUAUUGAUACCGGUAUUCAAAAAUCGGGUAUUUGGAAGCCUUGUAAGCAGUAGAGGAAUUUGAAGAUAAUAUAGGGGUGUGAUUUAGGGUAGCCCGGUAUUAAUAAAAUCGAACUUUAGAGAAACUCGAGCGCAUCAAAUUAUGACACUCUCAACGCAGAAUAGUGUAUAUUUUAAUAAUCUGACGGUUUGAAUGGAACCGGGCGAAAAUGAACAUUAAAAAAAUGUCACCUGGAAAUACUCGAGCGUCAAUUGAUUUUUUAUUUUGUUUUGGAGAAAUCUAGGGAUUUGAAAAAUAUAAUCUGACGGUUUUAAUGGAGCGAUGUAGGUAAACCAUAAGUACCUAACGUGUGGAGUGUACAGCUGCUAAGAUCUGUGUAUUUGCCACUCGGCGUCAAUUCCAUUUUACUAUUUCCCUAGGAUUUGACUGCAUACAGACAGUCAGGCUUUCAAGGAUGUAUUAUUCAAGAAUGCGCACUGUAAAAACUUUGAAUUGUCAAAUUAACAAUAUACCUCCAUAAAGUUUUCAGAUUACAAUUUGGACGACUAGGGCAUGAAGAACUCGAGUAUUUCAAGAAAAAAAAAUUGUCUAGAAAGUAAUUACAAUCUCGUUUCUGUCAAGCAGGAAAUGAAAGACUGCAGAUAUACAUACAAAAAAAUUACAGUUGAAAACUUAUAAGGCUGGUAAUAAGCUCUCAUUUGCGUUACCCCCACUAAUAACUCGCCAGAUUAUUAAAACAUAUACUAACCUACCGUAUUUGAUUAAAUGAUGAAUUGUACCAUAUUAAAUUAUAGUCAAUUUUGUGUUUAUAAUGAUAUUAUUUUGUUAUUUAUUUUAAAGAUUUUAAUUAACUGAUAGAGAAUGCAUAUCAACUAGUCGAAUUUUUUUAUUUUAUUAAAUAUACCUGGCAUUAUUAA